AUGUCUAGCGCUAGAAAAACCUUAAUCGCGUGUAGAGUGUGUGACAGUGUGUUCCUGAGCACCAAAGCCCUCAUAAACCAUUUAGAUUCUCACUUGGUGGAUGAGGAAGCUACUGCAAGAAUCAGAAAACAACUUCAGUUAAGUCACCUCAUGUCUUCUCAAAAAUCUAAUCCAUUUUCGAACCCUCAGAUCCAACCUGCUCCGGCUACUGCUCCUCUUCCUGUCCCUCCCUCACCACAAAUCCAGCCUUAUUUCAACCACAACAAGCAGUUCUACCCGCCAGUUCAAGUGCCACCACUCCCACCAGUGCCAUAUUUACAAAGAAACUCAUUUGAUAUUCUACAAAAUCCAAACCCAAACCUAUAUCCAAAUCCAUAUCCUAAUACAAAGGCUUAUAAUUCUUCACCGGCAAGAGAUUUGAACGCAGGAUUUGGAUCUGGAUUUGGGAAACACUCUUCGGUGCCAUUUUCCGGACAAAGAACACAGCGUAUGGCAGCAACGGAGGAUUCUCGUGAUAAUUCAAGGCCGUUUCUGAGUCUCUUGGAUUAUCCUAUUCCGCAAAUGAUGAACAGCAAUUGUGGAACCAUGUUCCUGGACCAUAUUAAGAAGCAGGCCUCUCAAUUUUUGCAAGAGAGAUACAAAACUGCUAGACUGGCAUUCACUGAUGUUACUCCUGCUGAACUGUGGGCUGAGGAGGCAACAAAUGGUGAACCAUGUAGCCCUGAUGCUAAGACAAUGACCAAAUUAGCUGCUGCGUCCUUUGAGAUGGAGGACUACUGGAGAAUAGUUGACAUCCUUCACAGAAAGUUAUAUAACGUAGAUUGGAAAGAAUGGAGGCAAUCCUACAAAGCAUUGGUGCUUCUAGAGUUUUUAUUAACACACGGCCCUGUAGACUUUGCUGAGGAAUUCCAAGGUGACAGUGAAGUCAUCCAAGAGCUGGGAUCGUUCAAGUACAUUGAUGACAGAGGAUUCGAUUGGGGUUCUUGCAUGCAAAAGAAAUCGGACCAAAUACUAGUCCUUCUCAGAGGGGGACCGACGCUGAGAGAGGCUCGUUACAAAGCUCUCAAAUUAACAAAUGAAAUCCAAGGCUUUGGAAGUUCAGUGUCUUCUCCUUCAUGCUCAAGCACUCCUUCCUCUGCUUACUCGGAAACACCGAGAGCUUCAUCCUUUAGCUCAUUUUCUACCACAAGUUCUAUAUGGAGCGAAUUGAGCAACGAGCUUUUCAAGUCUCAUCAACAAUCCCCAACUAAAUCAGAAGCCAUGGAAAGCUAUUCACCGGUUGGACUGCGAGACCGAUAUGAUGAUCAUGAUCGUUAUGAGAACACUAGCAAUUUCCCAGCAACAAGUAAAGGUAGGGAAGAAUCACACAUUUGGAACUGCCCUCCAAUUGAAGAAAAUAGUUCGUUACUUGAAUCCGGGGAAGAAGAUAGAGACGACGACAAAUAUUAUGAGAAGGAUGAUGGCCUUAUAAGUGGAAUUUGCUCAAAGCUGGUUACCCUUAGUCCUAGAAGAGGAAAUGGACCUCAUAGUAAUAUUGGAUUUAGGAGUGUUUCUGAUGUUGGGAUGGAGCUGAGGAAGAAAAAGCUUGAUCGCCAAUCUUCAUUUUGGUAUUGA